AUGAAUUGCAUCGAAGAAAAUGAAGUAUGUGAAAAAAACUUCAAUAAGAACAGUUACAUACUUAAUAAUAAUGAAAAAGAAAAUGUAGAAAGAAAUAGUUUUGAAAAUAAUUACAAUAAUUGCUACCCGAAUGAAAAAAAAAAAAGUAAUAAUUUUUUAGAUAAUGAAAUUUUAAAAAGUUUAAAUGAUAAUUUUUAUAAUCCUACCAAUUUUAACAAUAAUAAUGAAGAAAAUAAUUUAAAUAAAAUUGAAGAAAAUUUUACUAAUUAUAAUAAUAAAAAUAGAAAUUCAGAAAAUAAUAUACUAAAUUAUAACGAUAAACAAUAUCGUAAUAAUAUAGAAGAGGAAUGCAACCCUUUAGCAUUCCCCAUUGAAAGCCUACCUACUACUAUAGAUGAUAUACCAUAUAUCGAAUUUAAAAAUAAUACAAAUUAUAAAUUUAAAAGUACUUCUGCUCAUUUUGCAGAUAGUUUAGAUAUGCCCAUCAUGGAUCAGGAUAUGAUGGAAGAUCCUUGUAAACCCUCAAGCGGCAUUAUUGAUAAAAAUAUACAAGAAGAAAAUUUAAGUCAUAACGAACAAAUAAUUUCUAACAAUGAAGAAAGAGGAAAAGAAAGUGAAGAAUUAUCUAAUGCUAAAGCAGAGGAUGAUAUAAAUAUCCAAAAAGAAUAUGCAAGUCAUAACGAAAUAACAGUUUCUAAUAGUGAAGACAAUUUAAAUAAUAAUUAUAAAAAUCAACAAUUAAAUAAUUAUGGUGAUAUACCGAAAGAAGAAAUACAUGACGAGCCCAAUGAUAAUAUUGCAAAAAAUGAAACAAUUGAUGAAAAUUGCAAUUCAGAUAAACAAAAUGGCAAUGACCAUUCUCCAAAUAAUGAAUCAGAAAAUAAAGCUGAUCAUAAUAUUUGUAAUUCCCACGAAAAUAAUAAACAAAUAAAUAUGGAUACUCUUAAUGUGAGUCCAACAGAAGGUAAUACAAGUAUUAAAGUGGAGACAAGCAAUUGUGAUAAUAAUAAAUAUGAGCAAAAUGAAGGAGAGGAAAUAAAAAAUGAUAGUCAGGACAAUGUCAACGACUUAGGUAACCAAAUAAGGGACCUUCAAAAUGUUGUAGAAAACAUGAAGAAGGAAAAAAUUCAUCUUUUAUCAAAAUUUAAAGUGUAUACAUUAAAUAAUAAAAAAGAAAUAGAGGAACUAAAAGUUAUAUGCAAAAAUAACGAAGAAGAAAUUAAAAAAUAUGUUGAAGAAAUAAAAAAUAAAAGUUUAGAAAUCGAAAAUCUGAAAGAAGCAUAUUCAAAUGAUGUGAAUGUUUUUAAAAAUAGUAUAAAAAAAGAAAAAGAAUUAAAUUAUGAAUUAAGAGAAAAAUAUGAAUUAUUAAAUAAAACGAAAGAACAUAUCGAAAAGGAAAUUGAACAAAUUAGGGAAAAUAAUGAAAGUAUAAAAAUGGAAUUAAAAGCAAAGGAAAAAAUUAUAAAUAUGUUAGAAAAUGAAAAGAAUGAAGAAAUGGAAAAAGGUAAACGUUUUGUGAACAUUGACAUAAGUGACCAAGAUGAGUUAUUGACAUUAAAAAUGGAUACAGAGAUAUUAGUAUGUUUUAAAAAAAAUAAUGAAUAUUUUAUUAUACCGAAAUAUAUAUUUGAAGAAAAUUUUAAAAAUAUAAAAAUACCUGACCCUGUUCAGGACAAUUAUGAAAAAAAGCUAAAGGAAUAUAAAGACGAACAAAUUUUAAAUAUAAAAAAAUUGGAAGAAGAAAAAAUAUAUAUCGAAAAUGAAUAUAAUGAAUAUAAAGUUAAAGUAAAUUCAUUAAUAAAUGAAACAAGUGAAAAUUAUAAAAGUUUAGGUGAAACUAAUAUUAAAAUACAAGAUUUAAAAAAUGAUAUAUUAAAAUAUGAACAAGACAUAAAAAAUUAUAAAACAGAAUUAAAUAAUCUGAACGAAAAAUAUAAAUUAAUACACCAACAACUUUGUAAAGAAAAAGAAUUAACAGAAGAACAGAAUGCAACUAUAUCUUCAUUAAAAAAACAAAGUAAAAAAGAAAAAGUAGAAAUCGAAAAAAAAUAUAAAGAAUUAUUCGAUAUAGAAAAUCAAAAAAAAAUUGCAGAAAUUAAAGAAAUGUAUAAUAAUAAAGAGAAAUUAUUACAAGACAAAAUUGAAGAUUUAAUUUAUCAAAUAGAAAAAUUAACAUUUCCUAAAGAUGAUAAAUCUACCUCUCUACGUUCAAACAUAACCAAAUUGGACACACCCCUUAAUGAUAUUUCGAGUACUGAUGAUAGUAUUGAAAAGGGAAGCAUACAUAGUCAGGAAAAAAAAAAUCGUGCAAAUUCUGUGCUGACUGUUCAUAAAAAUUCAGUAAAUGAAAUGAACGAGCAAGGUAGUGUUGGUGGGGAAAGUGCUGGAACAUCAAACAAUGAUUGCAUAAAUCGAACGGGAGAAAAUAUAGAAAAUGGAAAUGAAAAAAAUAAUAAGGACAAGAUAAAACAGGAAGAAGAUACCAAAAUACCAAUAUAUCCUAAUGAAUAUAAAAAAAUCAGGAAAAAAUUAGAAACAUAUGAAAUUUUAAUUGAUGAAGAAAAAAAAGAAAAAAAAAAAUUAUUAGAACAAAUAAAUACAUUAACAAGUCAGGUAAAAAAUUAUGAAUCAAUACAUGGAAAUUAUGAACAUGUCAUGUAUCAAAAAAAUAUUCUUUCAAAUUUUAUAUCACAAAUACCAUCACAUAUAAAAAUUGAUGAUUAUGUUACAAUUAUUUAUAACUCUUUCAAUUUUUCUAAUAAAGAGAUUGAGUUUAUUAAUUCCAAGAGAUUAAAAAAGUAA